AGUCUGUUCAUAGAAUCAGCAGCUGGUUCUAUCUGCAUUCUUCUAAAACCAAAGCUUUUGAAGAAAUUAUUUUAAAUGACUUUUUUUCUUCCCCAUUGUGUUUCCAGUGCCAGGAAGAGAAAGAAUGCUUUUUUUGCUUACAGAGGAAAGGAAAGGUUCCAUGGUCAAGGGCAACGAGCAGUGAGAGUUGGGUGCGGUGUGUUUGGUAGUAUAGUAAGUAGGCUUUUGAUUCAGACCCCCUUCUCAUCAGGGCUACUAUUUCACAUGACUUUACAUGCUCAGACCCAGGAGAAGAGGACAAAGAUACUCAGAGAGAAAAAGUAAAGGACAGAAGAAGGAGACUGGAGAGACCAGGAUCCUUCCAGCUGAGCAAAGUCAGCCGCAAAACAGACUAGCCAACAGGCUACAAUUGGAGUCAGAGUGCCAAAGACAUGGGCUUGUUAGAGUGUUGUGCUAGAUGUCUGGUAGGGGCCCCCUUUGCUUCCCUGGUGGCCACUGGAUUGUGUUUCUUUGGAGUGGCACUGUUCUGUGGAUGUGGACAUGAAGCUCUCACUGGUACAGAAAAGCUAAUUGAGACCUAUUUCUCCAAAAACUACCAGGACUAUGAGUAUCUCAUUAAUGUGAUUCAUGCUUUCCAGUAUGUCAUCUAUGGAACUGCCUCUUUCUUCUUCCUUUAUGGGGCCCUCCUGCUGGCUGAGGGCUUCUACACCACCGGCGCUGUCAGGCAGAUCUUUGGCGACUACAAGACCACCAUCUGCGGCAAGGGCCUGAGCGCAACGGUAACAGGGGGCCAGAAGGGGAGGGGUUCCAGAGGCCAACAUCAAGCUCAUUCUUUGGAGCGGGUGUGUCAUUGUUUGGGAAAAUGGCUAGGACAUCCCGACAAGUUUGUGGGCAUCACCUAUGCCCUGACUGUUGUAUGGCUCCUGGUGUUUGCCUGCUCGGCUGUACCUGUGUACAUUUACUUCAAUACCUGGACCACCUGUCAGUCUAUUGCCUUCCCUAGCAAGACCUCUGCCAGUAUAGGCAGUCUCUGCGCUGAUGCCAGAAUGUAUGGUGUUCUCCCAUGGAAUGCUUUCCCUGGCAAGGUUUGUGGCUCCAACCUUCUGUCCAUCUGCAAAACAGCUGAGUUCCAAAUGACCUUCCACCUGUUUAUUGCUGCGUUUGUGGGUGCUGCGGCCACACUAGUUUCCCUGCUCACCUUCAUGAUUGCUGCCACUUACAACUUCGCCGUCCUUAAACUCAUGGGCCGAGGCACCAAGUUCUGAGCUCCCAUAGAAACUCCCCUUUGUCUAAUAGCAAGGCUCUAACCACACAGCCUACAGUGUUGUGUUUUAACUCUGCCUUUGCCACUGAUUGGCCCUCUUCUUACUUGAUGAGUAUAACAAGAAAGGAGAGUCUUGCAGUGAUUAAUCUCUCUCUGUGGACUCUCCCUCUUAGUACCUCUUUUAGUCAUUUUGCUCCACAGCAGGCUCCUGCUAGAAAUGGGGGAUGCCUGAGAAGGUGACUCCCCAGCUGCAAGUCGCAGAGGAGUGAAAGCUCUAAUUGAUUUUGCAAGCAUCUCCUGAAGACCAGGAUGUGCUUCCUUCUCAAAGGGCACUUCCAACUGAGGAGAGCAGAACGGAAAGGUUCUCAGGUAGAGAGCAGAAAUGUCCCUGGUCUUCUUGCCAUCAGUAGGAGUCAAAUACAUUCUCUUUGAUGCACAAAACCAAGAACUCACUCUUACCUUCCUGUUUCCACUGAAGACAGAAGAAAAUAAAAAGAAUGCUAGCAGAGCAAUAUAGCAUUUGCCCAAAUCUGCCUCCUGCAGCUGGGAGAAGGGUGUCAAAGCAAGGAUCUUUCGCCCUUAGAAAGAGAGCUCUGACGCCAGUGGCAAUGGACUAUUUAAGCCCUAACUCAGCCAACCUUCCUUACGGCAAUUAGGGAGCACAGUGCCUGUAUAGACAAAGCGGGGCGGAGGGGGGGGGCAUCAUCUGUCCUUAUAGCUCAUUAGGAAGAGAAACAGUGUUGUCAGGAUCAUCUCACUCCCUUCUCCUUGAUAACAGCUACCAUGACAACCUUGUGGUUUCCAAGGAGCUGAGAAUAGAAAGGAACUAGCUUAUUUGAAAUAAGACUGUGACCUAAGGAGCAUCAGUUGGUGGAUGCUAAAGGUGUAAUUUGAAAUGGCCUUCGGGUAAAUGCAAGAUACUUAACUCUUUGGAUAGCAUGUGUUCUUCCCCCACCCCUAUCCGCUAGUUCUGGCCCCUGGCCUCUGGCAUAAUAUCUUCACAAUGGUGCUUUUUUUCCUGGGGUUUUAUCCAUUCACUCAUAGCAGGUGAUUAGACGAUCUUGAUUAGUUUCAUAUUUCCCAAUUGUUUAUCUCUUGUUUGGAGUUGUAUCAGAAAGACCUGGAGGAUGAUUCUUUGAGCAUAGUUCUUUUUGAAAACAAGAAAGAGAAACUGGGCAGAAAGCAUCACAAAAAUAUUUGAAAUUGUACGGUCCCAUGAAAUUAUUGGGAAUUCCCCCAAGUAGUCUACCAUUUGUAGAACUAGGCUUGAUAAAUUUGAACCUCAAUUUGAAUAAUUGGUCUGGUAUUUUCUUUUCUAAUAAAUGACAGAUGAUUUUACUUGCUAAUAUUAUCUCAGCAUUUUGAUAAUUUAGGCUUACCAUAGAAGUUACUGUCUCUUGGUAUAUAUAGGUCACAUAAUAGAUUCUGCCAGCUGUUAGCUGUUCAGUUCAUAAGCUUCCAUAGAGCUCUGGAGCCGCAGAGAGGACAGGCAGAAUUUGAAACCUAAAGAACUCCCAGAUUUCAGGCUUAUCCUGUAUUUGUUAACUUUGGGUGAAAGAAAGAAAGAAAGAAAGAAAGAAAGAAAGAAAGAAAGAAAGAAAGAAAGAAAGAAAGAAAGAAAGAAAGAAAGAAAGAAAGAAAGAAAAAGAAAGGAAGGAAGGAAGGAAGGAAGAAAGAAAGAAAGAAAGAAAGAAAGAAAGAAAGAAAGAAAGAAAGAAAGAAAGAAAGAAAGAGAAAAAAAAAGCCCCUGAUCGAAUUUCCUGGAGGAAAAGUUAUUGUAGCUGUUUCAUUGUAGAUUUGUGCUGUCAUUCCCCAAAGUGCUUUCUGCUGUGUUGAAAGAGAUAUAAGAAUUUACAAGAAGACACUUGAGACUUGUUCUUGGGCCAAUAUAUAAGGUAAACAAGCAGGAUGCACAAGAGUGAGGAGAGCUAAAAGGACAUGUAAGAAACCAAUCAAGAUCAAGGAAGGUGAAAUAAUCUAUAUCUUUUAUUUUGUUUUGGUUUAAUAUAACAGAUAACCAACCAUUCCCUUAAAAAUCUCACAUGCACACACACACACACACACACACACACGUACAAAGAGAGUUAAUCAACUGCAAGUGUUUCCUUCAUUUCUGAUAGAGAAUUUUGAUUUUAACAACAUAAAGGAUAAACUUUUAGAAACUCAUCUUACAAAAUGUAUUUUAUAAAAUUAAAGAAAAUAAAAUUAAGAAUGUUCUCAAUCAAACAUCGUGUCCUUUGAGUGAAUUGUUCUAUUUGACCUCAAUAACAGGUACUUAAUUAUAGUUAGCUCGAGGUGCUCAUGUAUCUUUCAGGCCAUGUAAGUUAUUCUUAUACUACUUCUAUGAAAAAUGUAAUAGAUAAUGCAUUAUUAUUAUUAUUGUUUCUUUUUUAUACUAAAGAUAUGAAAAAAUAUAUGCAAAAUGCAAAACAAUUACCGAAAGAAACUCAGUAAAUACUUGUCUCAAAUUGA